GGCCCGGGGAGGCGGCGGCCUUGGCCCCCGCACCGGCUCGGCGGCCGCACUUCCACCCGCACCGAGGUGAGGUUGUGACCCCUGGCCCUCCCUGCUCCAGCGGGCACCAUGCAGGAGCUCUCAGCCGUGCUCGCCACCCCUGUUGAUGCCUCCCGGGAAGAAGUCCCGCCGCCCGAUCCCGAGAGCCCAGCUACUGUUCCGUGAGGCGCCGCUGGAGGGGCCCAAGCAUCCCUACGGCUCGCCCCAGCCCACCGACACCCGCCCGAGACCCGUCCCCACCAAACCCAUCGACCGCAAAACCGCCACUUCCUGGGUGAUCCCCCAGUUUGAGGGUUCUACAGGGGGCCGACGUCCAGCCCGCCAGAGACCACCCCGGGACCCAGUGGGCAACUCCGGUCGGAAACCCCACCCUUGCAAGUUUCUGCCUCUGGCUUUUGCCGGCCUCCAGGGACCCUGCAGGGAGCAGGCUCCCACCAGCCCCCCGGCGGUCAAGAGGCCUGGCCGGGCCAGCCAGAGCCCCACGCGGGCCAGGGUGCGGGCCGGUCGUCAGCCUCUGGUGCCCAUGUUCAGCCCUCAGAGCUGCGGCCACUUGUCCGGCCGUGAGCCGGCCAGCCCCGGAUUUGCGUUUCUCCCCCCGGACAUCCAGACCCCAGAGAUGCCCUCCGGGAGGGGUCCCGAAGAUCCUGAGCCAUCUCCCCGCCCCUUCGGGGGUCUCCUCUCCCACUCCAGUCCCCCGGAGGACUCAGGCCCGGGCCCCACCCUGGUGCUGGACACCCCGGAGGAGAGCUAUGGACUGAAGGUGACGUGGAGGAAACGACGGCACCUCCUGGCGUACCUCAGAGAGCGGGGAAGGCUGAGCCAGAGCCAAUUUCUGGUGAGGAAGUGAGUGCGGCCCUCAAAUGAGGGGUCUCGGUAGGGGAGGACGCGGAGACCCCUCGAGGCAGGCUCUUGGGGAGCCGCUCCAAGAGAGGCUGUAGUAGUUGCCCCCCGGGGAUGCUCCUCCCUCUUGGUCCUACAAGUUACAGGCUGCUUGAGGAGAGUCGGGAGGCACAGGGGGACACUGGAUGGGGGUCCGGGAUCCCCCUCAGAGUGGGCACUCAGCCCCUCCCAAGACCAGCCUCCUUGCCAUGAGCAUCUGCUGCCGAAGGAGAAAGCCGAAACUCCAUCAGUCCUGGGAGUAGCACUGCCACCAACCACCAGGCCUUUGAGCCCUCAGGGUCCCCUGAUGUGCCUAGCUCAGACCCAAGGAGGGCCAACGAAGAGUGGUGUGGGCUGGUGGGGGAAUCACAUAGGCUCCUCCCGGCCGGUCCUCGUGGAGGUGAGCUGUGAAGCUUUCCAGAAGGUGGGGAGACGGAUUUUUAGUCCUGAAGUGUUUCCAACUUAUGUAAAUAAACGGAUUUCAACCUCA